AAUGGACGAUGCUGGGAGAAUUUGACAGUCUAGUUUGAAACCAACCGCCAAAACGAGCAGCGAGUUUGUGUUUGGGUGAAAAGAACGCGUAGUGCAACAGUGAUCAUCAAAGCUUGUGCAGAGAAAAGAUGGAUUUAGACGAGAAAAAGGAAAAUAUUCAACCGCUCCGUGGUGGCCGAAACGUGGAACAGCUCGAGUAUGCUUUCGUUUCAGUGGAACAAUGGGAAGAGGAACGAAAGGCUCACGAAAAAGAAAUCGAAAGCUAUGAUGGCGAUGACCCGUUGCAUCCUUGGUAUGAUUACUUCUAUUGGAUGGAACAAACGAACGUGAGCAACGUCAAGCCCAUGAUACAGGAACAGGCGCUUCGUCGCUGUGUACAGCUGUACGAAAAUGAUCCGCGGUACAUGCAAGACCAUCGGUUCAUAAAGUUGUGCAUUAAAUUUAUCGAUGCCCAACCAUCUCCGGUGGAGUUGUACAACGAGCUCUACAACCGUGGCGUUGGCACGCUGUGUGCCGAGCUCUACAUAGCAUGGGCGUACUAUUACGAUGCGGUCGAUAACUUUGCCAAAACGGAAGAAGUUUUCCAGAAAGGUCUGAGAGCCGGAGCAGAACCGAAAGCUGAUCUGGAGCAGGCCCAUAAAUUGUUUGGCUUUUCCAUGUCUCAGCGACUGUUGUACAAGGAUGAAAGCAGUAAGCUAAAGUUUCAAUCAUCCCUUAACGAGCGCCGUAAUGCACUCACUUCGUUAAGAGCAUCGCGGAAGAAACAUGUCGGCAGCGUUCGAACAGGGUUAGCGGUCAAAAGCUAUCAACCCGGGCUCGUCCAGCAGGAGAAUGUUGCAAGAAACACGGGUCUCGCGAGCAACGCACCAUCAAAUGCGAUUGUUUUUACUGACGAUCCGGACAGUGCCGAGGCAGGCAGCUCGAUCGUUCGCCCGUUCUCCAGUGUUCACAAUGAGGCGGAAAACAUUAUCGAAGCGGCACGAUUAGCCAAAACGAAAACAACAUCCCACAAAAAGCCAAACCUAUUCGGUACACAUCAAGCGCCAUCGUUCGACAUACCGGUGGAUAAGGAAGAAUUUCUGCCGAUCCCGCUGCUGGUGGACAACUCUUCGAAGGGUAUUUCACUGUCAGCACAAUUUUGCCGCCGAAACAAACCGCAAACUCCGUUCGAAGUUGCCAUUUGUGUGGGAGAUCCAAAGGAACGUGCUAUUCCAAUGUACGACAAGAUUCGGCUGUACUGUCGGGCCAAGGAGCAGAAAGGUGGGAUUGAACAAAGCACGGAAUAUUCUCCGGAAGAGUUACGUGCCUAUAGGUACUUUGUGCGCCGUGGAGUUGAGAAUCGUUUUACACAAGAACAUGAACGAAUUUGGGGUCGGGGAUAUGAUGUCGGUAUACGGCUACAUCCGCUACACGUGUCUACAAGCCGAUCAAACGAAUCCGAUAAAAUAGCGUUCGAAAACCCCAAACUCGAUAGCUGCGAUGGAAACAUCCAGACCAAAAUUACGGACAUUUAUUCGAACGCAGCAGAAGAACAAUCAAUCGAAGAGUUAAUGGUGGAACGAUGGUUAAAAGGGAAAAUUAAGAAGUGCAUUGAUACACGCUAUCAGGAUGAUAUCGAUCCGGUGGAUAUGGAUGAAACUCAUGUCGAAUCGAAUCGUAUAUCCUUGGGUCCAGCACGUUUCAGUAUGGCACCAGCAGCGUCGCUAAACGAUGGUAAUACCGCGUCGCAGAUGCGACCACGUAAAUCCAUCUUCCCCACGCAUCAAACCGGUCUGGUGGCUGCCAGUAUACAGGAAGAAACUGAAGAAGAAUUGCAACAUCGAACCGCUAGAGCAAGUGAAGUUAAUACAUUGGAGCAGUCCUUGCGGGGACUGACUGUACUAUCGAGAAAACGUCCUUCGAAUGAAGUUCUCGAGCAAGAGGUGACGAAAAAGGAGGAUUCAACACCAACCCCGCUGAAGCAUGCGAUCGCAAACGAUCUUGAGGUGGAACAUGGGGAUAAAGAUUCCGAGCCGGAAAGUCAACCGGUACCUGCGGUCGCAAAACAGCUAGAAAUUUUUGUCGACGACAGUGAUGAAAAUGAUGAACGAGAUGAAAGGCGAGAUCCACCAAAUUUUAAAACACCGAAUCCACAUUUGAAUGAUUUCGUUCCAAUGCAACAACAAUCCUACUAUCCAAAUGAUACCUGCUCAACACAAAUGUUCAAUUUGUUCGUUAAAAACAUAAGCACACCUGUCGCACCCGACCGUAAACAGUUAGCAGAGGUACCCAACACUUCAAGGGCCGGCUCAAUUGUUAAACGUAUUGUAGUUUUUACGGACGAUGAGGAAAAUGGUUCCGGAAAUGAUCAAGAGCCAAACAGACAACCGGAUAGCCAGAAUCAGAUACAAUCCAACUCCGGAAACAUUGCAGCUCCCGUGUCCAUUCCGGGUGCUGUAAUAAAUGAUGAAAAUGCUGUUCCCUUGAUGGACAAUAUGACUCCACCGUCCGUCUCAUCGGGGUGUAAUAGUACGCAGAGCCACAAGCAGCUGUCGACGAUAAUGGAGCGUACGGAAACGAGCACCGUCUCAUCGACGACAACCGGCGGAGUUACUAAAUCGCCGCCUGAUACACAGGCAAAUUCCCCAGAGGCAGGUUAUGAUACGCAUAUACCGUCGGUAUCGUCCACGAAAUUAGCUUUUACGGAACCGACUGAACCGGCAAGGAAAUCGGUAUUCACUUUACCCGGUGAUGAUGGAAAAGGAUUCUGUAUACACAUCGAUAGUACAGAAACGAUGGCCAAUAUUCCACUAAAACGUGUACCCAUAUCUGAUACCUUGACAGCAGAGUCGGAUGAUAAGGAGAACAUGCUUGUGAUACGUGCAACAGGUGCACCAACAGCUGCACCAAGCGUUGUGCCAUCCGUUUUUCAACUCUCCGAAGAACCAACGGUCAGUGCGUUUGGUUUUAUCGGCACCGCCACGAAUAGGAACGUUUCCCAUUUGGUACAGCGCGAAAUGGAAGCAAAUUCGAUUGCCUCGUUCAGAAUGGCUACCGAACGUACCAAUACCAUCCCCAUACAGCUGGUAAAACCGCAACAUAUGAUCCCAGAACUUGACACCAUCGUUCCGUCUGGGUCGUCGAUGAAAAAUGAUGCCAGCAGUAAUAACGCUAGUACCAUGCUUACGACCACCAGCACACCGUCCACAGUGGUGAAUGUCGCACAAAAUGCACCAGAAUCAAGGAAGGGAAAUAAUUCACUGCUCGAUCUGCUCGAUACAACGUUUUCGCCGAAAGUAACCGCAAACAGCAGUGGUAAACGUGAAGCUGAAGCUACACCAAAAGAGGAAAAGGCACGCAAAGAAUGUUCGUUCGAUUUGGACGAUUUUAUCAAAUCACCACAGCCGAAAAAUAAACCCGAAAACGUUGAAACCCAUUUCACUGCACUGGAACCAAUUGCUCCGCUGGGCACUUGUAACGAUUUGUCGCUUCUAGCGAUGGCUCCGAUAAAGAUGGAAAAAUCGCUAAACAUCGAUGUAAGUCUUGCGUUGCCAAGUUUCCAUAUUAGCAAACCAGCACAACCGGUGCAAACGAUUGAAAGGGUGGAACGAAUAGAUUUGGAUGACUUUCCGUCCCCACUUCCACCACCGGGUGCAAGCAACGAGCGUACCUCUUUCGACGAUAUCAACACGGUAGCAUUUUCCCUAAACAUUAACAACGCAGUCAACUCAACCAUCAUUCCGGAUGGUUUCAAAACUCCUGCCAAACAAACUCGUAACGUAAACCAGCCGGAUCAUUCUAACUUGCAAAUUGUGGAUGUGAAAGGUGGCGUAGCGAAAUCGGAAGGAUUCCUUAUGCCAUCAGUUCCGGUUGCAGUUGCAACGCAAACCACUCAGCGGGUGCCAAAUGUUCCCGUUCCAAAUCAUACGCGAAGGGUAUCGCCGGUCGACAGGAUGACAAAUGAUGGUGAUGGGGAUAUUUCGAUUUAUGUUCCGCGUCCUGCGAUCUCACAAGAAAUUGAACGAUGGGAUGAAGAUGAUGAACAGUACGAUAACGGUCAGCAAAACUACGCCUAUCAGCACAAACCGAUCGAUAUGGAUGCUACAAUGCAGCAGAUUAAUGCUCACAUUUUGAUGAACGAUAUUGAUCCGUUCGAAAGGCAGCUGUUGGAUGCGUUUCUGGACAGUGUUGAUUUUAUGGCGUACAUCGCAGAGUUGCCCACGUGUUUGAUGUUGAACAGAUUGCAACCGUUGAAGAAGGAUGCGCAUGUGCAGAUGAAGGAAGACGGUGUAACAUUCGUAGUGCAGCAAAAGAUCGGUAAAGGAACGUAUGGGACGAUCUUUAGUGCUACGGAUAUAUCGACCGGAAAGAAGGUUGCCAUGAAGCAGGAACGUCCGGCAAACCUUUGGGAGUAUUAUAUCUGCCUAGAGCUUCGUAGUCGAAUUGAAAGUGCUGAUAUCCUUCCCGGAUUCAUGCCCAUUGAUUACGCAAUCAUUGGCAAUAAUGCGAGCAUUUUUGUAUCACCGUACUCACGGUACGGCAACAUUUUGGAUGUGUGCAACGCGGUAAACAGCGCGACCAAUAGAAACGUGGAUGAAUUUAUCGCCAUGAUAGUGACCACACAAAUGCUCUCGAUAGUGGAUCACUUGCACAGCUGCCAGAUCAUUCACGCGGACAUAAAGCCGGACAAUUUUCUCUUCAUGGGCCCCAUUGAACUUGGCUCAAAGACGCCAUGCAUUCAGCUGAUCGACUUCGGUGUCAGUAUUGAUAUGAAACGGUUCCCGGAGGAUGUUCAAUUUAAAAAGAUAAUCAAAACGGAAAAUUUCACCUGCAUCGAAAUGCUAGAGAACAAACCGUGGACGUAUCAGCCCGAUCUGUACGGCGUUGCGGCAACCAGCCACGUGAUGCUGUUCGGCAAAUACAUGCAGGUGCACAAAAACUUCGCCAGCUGGGGUAUAAAGACGUCGAUGCCCCGAUACUUUAAGAAGGUCGUUUGGGAGAACUAUUUUACCACGAUGCUCAACAUACGCGAUUGCGACCAUUUGCCGAAUUUGCAAAAGUUGCGUACAUCGUUUCUGGAGGAAAUAACGUUGCACGAGAAGUACAUUAAAACUAAAGUUUCCGAGUUCAACCACGUGCUCGCAAUGUGUAAGUGAGACCAACUUUGCACAGGUGAGAUAAUACACCGAAGGCAGCUU